UUAGCUUAACUGAGAUAAAUUUUAGGCUAUAUAUGGAAGUCUGUCUUGCACGCCCUUAAAGACGGUCCUGAGAAUUUCUCAUGUUUUUUUAAGCGAUUUUGGAUUAAGCUGUGAAAAUGUGUUUUGAUUGAUUUUUGAAGAAUGGAGAAGCCAAAUCUUGGAACACCGGCUGGGAAAGCGAAGUUGAUGGGAACAUUAAGUGGAAUUGGUGGUGCAAUGAUCCUAACUUUAUAUGAAGGCAAAAGAUUAUUUAACUUAUCAUUGCACAUUGACUUGCUGCAAAAUGCUACAUCAACAACACAUCAUUCCCCUGCUGGUUCUCAUGUUUGGGGACUCAUGCUAGCUUUAGGCACUGCUCUCAGUUUCUCAUUAUGGUUUAUAACACAGUCGAAGAUGAGUCAGAAUUUUCCGUGGCAUUAUUCAAUUGCGGCGUUAACCUCUAUAAUGGGUGCAAUUCAAUCUUUUAUAUAUGCUAUUUGUACUGAGAGAGAUUGGAGCCAGUGGAAGCUUGAUUGGAAUUUGAGACUUUUGACAGCAGCUUCCGCGGGUAUAUUGGCCUCUGGAGUGUGUUUUGUUCUGUUGGCUUGGUGUGUGGGCAUGAAAGGACCCUUGUAUGUGUCUGCUUUUAACCCUCUAAUGCUUGUUCUUGUGGCCUUCAUUUCUUCGUUCGUAUUGAACGAGUACAUUACAGUCGGAAGUCUAACAGGAGCCGCGUUGAUUGUUUGCGGAUUAUACAUGUUAUUAUGGGGUAAGAGCAAAGAAGCGAGAAAAAUGGAUAAUAUGAAUGGAAUAGCUUCUGAAAAUGUA